GCUGGUGGACAUGGGCAGAGCGCCGGCACACACUCUGCUACUGUGGAUGGUGCUGGGCUGCUCGGCUGCCUUCACGGACAUCCUGCUGCCGGGCCCUGAGGAGCCAGUGGUCAACGUGGCCGUGGUGUUCGGGGGCACGUCCUACCCCCUGCACAUCCGCUCCCGCCUGAGCCCCCAGAGCUUCCUGGACAUGCCCCUGGAGAUCCACCCCAUCACUGUUGUCGUCAACAACACCAACCCCAGCACCCUCCUCACCCAGAUCUGCGACAUCCUCGCCAGCCACAAGAUCCACGGCAUCGUCUUUGAGGACAACGUGGGCACGGAGGCCGUGGCCCAGAUCCUUGACUUCAUCUCCUCCCAGACACAGGUCCCUAUCAUCAGCAUCAGUGGCGGGUCUGCAGUGGUCCUGACCCCAAAGGAGCCCGGAUCAGCUUUCCUGCAGUUGGGUGUCUCCAUCGAGCAGCAAAUCCAGGUGAUCUUCAAGGUGUUGGAGGAAUACGACUGGGGCUCCUUCGCUGUCAUCACCAGCCUCUACCCAGGCUACAACAUCUUCCUGGAUGUCAUCCGCUCCUUCACGGACGCCAGCUACUUCGGCUGGGAGCUGCAGGAGGUGCUCACCUUCGAGAUGAGCCAGGAGCAGGGCAGCUCCAGGACGCAGCGGCUCCUGCGCCAGAUCGAUGCCCAGGUCCUCAUCGUUUACUGCUCCCGAGAGGAGGCCGAGUAUCUCUUCUCCAUGGCGGAGCAAGCCGGGCUGGUGGGGCCAGGAUACAUCUGGAUCGUGCCCAGCAUGACCGUGGGCAACAUGGAGGUGCCACCCUCCUCCUUCCCCGUGGGCCUCAUCAGCGUGGUGACAGAGAGCUGGAAGCUGAGCCUGCGGCAGAAGGUGCGGGAUGGCGUGGCCAUCAUUGCCAUGGGGGCAGCCAGCUUCUUCCGUGCCCAUGGCUACCUCCCAGAGGUGGGGAGGGACUGCUGGGCCCCCGCCAGGGCCACCACCACCAACACGAGCUUCUACCGGCACCUCCUCAAUGUGACGUGGGAGCACAAGGACUUCUCCUUCAAUGAAGGUGGCUACCUGAUCAGGCCCACCAUGGUGGUGAUCACGCUCAACCAGCACCGGCUCUGGGAGAUGGUGGGCAAGUGGGAGAAGGGCAUCAUCCACAUGAAGUACCCGGUGUGGCCCCGCUACGGCGCCUUCAUGCAGCCCGUGGUGGACAACCGGCACCUGACAGUGGCUACCCUGGAGGAGAGACCCUUUGUCAUCGUGGAGAACACGGACCCCAGCACGGGGGUGUGCGUGCGCAACACCGUGCCCUGCCGCAAGCAGACCAACUCCUCCCACAGUGGUGAUGGCCUUGUGGAUCCCUACACCAAGCUGUGCUGCAAAGGUUUCUGCAUUGACAUCCUGAAGAAGCUGGCCAAGACGGUGAAGUUCUCCUACGACCUCUACCUGGUGACCAAUGGCAAACAUGGCAAGAUUGUCCGUGGGGUCUGGAACGGCAUGAUUGGUGAGGUGUACUACAAGCGUGCAGACAUGGCCAUCGGCUCCCUCACCAUCAACGAGGAGCGGUCUGAGAUCGUGGAUUUCUCCGUGCCCUUUGUGGAGACAGGCAUCAGUGUCAUGGUGGCCCGGAGCAACGGCACCGUGUCCCCCUCUGCCUUCCUGGAGCCUUACAGCCCAGCCGUGUGGGUCAUGAUGUUUGUCAUGUGCCUCACUGUGGUGGCCAUCACCGUCUUUGUGUUCGAGUAUUUCAGCCCCGUUGGUUACAACCAGAACCUCACCAGUGGCAAGAGGCCGGGGGGUCCCUCCUUCACCAUCGGCAAGUCCAUCUGGCUGCUGUGGGCUCUGGUCUUCAACAACUCAGUCCCCAUCGAGAACCCCAAGGGCACCACUAGCAAGAUCAUGGUGCUCAUCUGGGCCUUCUUCGCCGUCAUCUUCCUCGCCAGCUACACGGCCAACCUGGCUGCCUUCAUGAUCCAGGAGCAGUACAUUGACACUGUGUCGGGGCUGAGUGACAGGAAGUUCCAGAGGCCACAGGAGCAGUACCCACCGUUCCGCUUCGGCACUGUCCCCAACGGCAGCACCGAGAGGAACAUCCGCAGCAACUACCCCGACAUGCAUACCCACAUGGUGAAGUACAACCAGCGCACUGUGGAGGAUGCCCUCACCAGCCUCAAAAUGGGGAAGCUGGAUGCCUUCAUCUACGACGCGGCGGUGCUGAACUACAUGGCGGGCAAGGACGAGGGCUGCAAGCUGGUGACCAUCGGCAGCGGGAAGGUGUUUGCCACCACGGGCUACGGCAUCGCCCUGCAGAAGGACUCGCGCUGGAAGCGGGCCAUUGACCUGGCCCUGCUCCAGUUCCUGGGAGAUGGUGACACCCAGAAGCUGGAGACAGUUUGGCUGUCAGGGAUCUGCCAGAAUGAGAAGAAUGAGGUGAUGAGCAGCAAGCUGGACAUCGACAACAUGGCUGGGGUUUUCUACAUGCUGCUGGUGGCCAUGGGGCUGAGCCUGCUGGUCUUCGCCUGGGAGCACCUCAUCUACUGGAAGCUGCGUCAUUCCGUCCGCAAGUCCCACAAGCUUGACUUUCUCCUGGCCAUCAGCAGGGGCAUCUACAGCUGCUUCAAUGGGGUGCAGACCCUGUCGAGCCCUGGGCGGGCACCCAGACCCGAUGUCACUGCCAGCUCAGCCCAGGCCAAUGUGCUGAAAAUGCUGCAGGCGGCCAAAGAGAUGGUGCAGACGGCCAGCGUGGGCGGCUCGCUGGAGCAGGCCACCCGCACCAUCGAGGACUGGAGCAACCACAGCGAGCGCCUCCAGACCACCUUCUCGCUGAGGACACCCCAGCUCGUGGUGCAGAACAGCACCGGCGCACACCGGGGGCCCCCCUCCAGCCCGCACCCCGCCGAGAGGCUGGGGAGAGCCUACGCUGCCAAGGGUGCUCCCCUGGGGCUGCCGCUGCCCCAGCCCAUCCCUGUGGACCCCCGUCUGCACGGGGAGGAGAACUGGAGAGGGGAAAACGAGUACCCCCGCCUGAUUCACCCCCUGAAGUUUCGGGGUGGCUGUGUAGGGGAUGAAGCCCUCACAAAUUUCCCCCACCUCCUGGUGAAGACUUCUCCAGGAGGGGAUUAUGGGGAGCAGAUGCUGGUGGGGAACCAUAUCGGGGCUCCCCUCCCGCCCCCCACAUCCCCCAGGGACCUCCCACCGCCGGACAUCUACAGGGAGCACAAGCGGCCGUCGGGACGGGGGGAGCGGCUGCAGAACACCCCGCUGCUCCAGAGGGACGGCACGCACGGCGGCUCGGGGACCCUGCCCCGGCUGCUCUCGGCAGCGGAGAAGAAGCGGGAGCUGGGCAGCGCCUUCCUGCCUCCAUCCUGCUCUCGCGGAGCCUUCCCCAGAGUCACCAGGACUUGCAGAGCCAGGGCCGAGCCGGCGCGGCCGGAGGCGGCGGCGAUGGAGCGGGAGAAGCUGAGCCGAUGGGCGAGCUCGGCCAGGCUGCCCGGGGAGCGCGGCGACAAGCGGCUGCCGUCCUACCGGGAGGCCUGCCGGCAAAAUCCCCGUGCCACCGCCACCGUGCCGGCGUGCGCCCCCCGCGCCUGCAUGAACUCCUACGCCAACCUGCCCCUCUACGCCAGACCCCUGUGGCGGGGGUCCCCGCCGCCCCGGGAGCGCCCCGGGCCGCACCGCUGCGAGCGGGGCUCCGGGCGCUGGGACAGCGCCUGCAGAGACUGCGGGAGGCGCGGGGAGCCCGCCGUGCUGCGGGCGGACAGGAGGGACCCGCCGCUGGCCCGCGGGGCUGGUAUCGGGGACGCCAAAUGCACCGCCGCCGUUUCGCCGUCACGUUUUGGUUUCAUUCAAAGGACUCGAAACGCCAUUUCCAGCUAUGACAUCUCCUUAGCAGGUCCUAUUUUCACUGCCCCAUUGCUCAGCAUUGUAAGACCCAUCCUGAUGAGGAGAGGGGGAACAAAGGAGGGCAGCAUAGAUCAGCCACUGGGAAGGGGUUCCAAUGGCAAGGACAUGCUGGUGCUGCUUUGGAGAGAUGGUGACUCAGACCCAUCCGUCAUGGCCAUCCCCUCCAGGAAUAGCUGCUCCGUGCCUAAGUACGAGGAAGAAAGGGAUGGAAAAAGAAGUCAGAUCAAACUAGAUGUAUAA